AUGUUGUCCAACGUCCCCGAAACCACGUUGUCGGAGAAGAUGUUUUCGGCGGUGAGGGAAAAGGUGCUGCAGACGGUAAUGGAAGAGAACGCUGCUCAUUUCACCUUGCAGAAGAAAAAGCGAUCGACCGGAAGUGAGGGUCCUAGGAGUCGUCCGCCUGCUCCCGGUCCUGACACCUUCCGCUUCCGGCCUAGCUCCCCGUCUCCAGUUUGUCCGCAAAAUAUCAGCACGCUCAGGGAGGAUUCCACUGGCGGGCCUUUGCCGAACACGUCUCAGGUCCAGUACGGCUGUUCUCAGAUAGCACGUGUGAAUCACCUGUUGAAGAUUCAGACUCGACAGGAAGAGCUGGUCAACGAGUACCUUGCGAGGACGUCUGGGCGUCAGGAAGAUCUGGUCAGCGAGUACCUUAGGGGUGCCAGUCAAGACGACUUGACCAGGACGUAUCCGGCUGGGGCUGCGAGUGAAGACGGCUUGACUUGCACACUUCCUGCAGGGGCUGAAGAUCAGGACAACCGGAAUAGCACACAUCCGGCUGGGAGUGCCAGUCCGGACGAACCGACCACCAGACAUCCGUUUGGGGAUGAUAGCCACGGAGAAAUAUACAGCACAGAUCAAGCUCGGAGUGUGAGCCAGAAUGACUUGACCAACAGACAUCCGGUUGGGGGUGCGAGCCAGAACGACUUGACCAUCACACAUCCGGUUCGGGGUGAGAGUCAGAACUACUUGACCAGCGGACAUCCGGUUGGAGGUGUGAGUGAGGACGACGUGAACAGCACACAUCCGGCCGGGGGUGCGAGCCAGAACGACCUCCUCGGCAAUCACCCAGGUAGUCAUGACCUUGGCAGCGAAUGCAUCACUUCUGGAAAUUACCCUACCUGCAACUACGUCAUACAGACAGCUGGGGAAGACGUGGCUGACGAAUGCGCCACACAGACAGUUGAGGUGUCAGACCAUGAGAUAAAGGUUAACCAGCAAUGUAUCAAGAACGUAUUCAUCUCCUAUUCCAACGACUCCGUGCUCGCCAAGGCUGGUAGCCCCCCUCCAACUACGUCCACCAGUUUCGAAAGCACACAGUCGAUGGAGUCACUUGUGUUGCCCCCGGAGAUGAUCAAGCUGCCUCGUCAUCAUCUACCCUUCGACGUGCGCAACUUCUGUGCCGAAAAUGAGGACGAUGAGGAUGACGCUAUGUCGCAAACAGAACGCCGCCUAACGUCAAUUGCUAAAGGGCUUCGCCGUAAGUUGUUCAGGAAGGACGAAGAGGUCACCCUAACGCAAGUCAUCGCCCUGGCGCCGGGAGAACUCCUAAGCAAUUUCAAGGACCUCGAAGACAUGCAAGAAGACCUGGACGACCUCAGCCUCAACAGCAGCGGCUACAGCAUUGAUGAUCUGAGUUCCAGCAGCUGCAACAGCAGCAGUGAAAGCGACGAAGUCAGCCUCAUGUCGAAUGUACGAGUUCGAGCCCUGCACGCCUACCAGGCUAGAAACACAAGGGAGAUUAGUCUGGACCAAGGCCAGCUGGUGAAGCAGAAACAGGGAGCUGAUGACCAGGGCUUCUCUUAUGGAUGGACAAGGGCUCACAAACUGGCACCAAAACGCUAUGGAUAUUAUCCAUCAGGAAUGGUGGCGUUGCCUCAUUCGUAUCACAGGAAAGUUCGUAGGUACGGUCAUGUUGAGAUGCAGGAACUGGAAGAAGGGGAUCGGAAUGUGAAGCCGCCGCCUUUAUUGGUAUAGACGCGUUAUGAUUACACAGUGAACGAAAACUGGACAACAGCUCCCUCUUACAUGAAGUAACGUGGCAACGGAAGCGUUUGUUUUGCUUCUUUUGGGCGUACGGACAUAAUGGCAGUUGCGAAUUUUAGAUAUAUAUAUAUUUUAAAUUUGUGAGGGUUUUACUUAUUAAAUAA